GAUCUUGCUUCCGAUAUUUGAAUAUUGUCUUGGACUCACACAAGUUAUACUUCAUGGCUGCAUGUCAGUUAAGUUAUGCUUCUCCUAAUAACAAAAAAAAAUCUGAACGCCAAGGUGUUGCACGAACUAAGCUUACUUUUGUUUUUUUAAAAAAACUGAAAUUUGCAGACGCUGUUAUAAAACCGCGCGAGCCACGAGUUGCUCCCUAGCUCCCUCCUCUUCACCCUGCAUUCCGAAGAUCCUUUACUCACCUCCGUUACCUAGACCACACAGAGCGGCUUCAAUCAUGCAGCCGAGCGGCCGCGAGAUAGCCGGCGGCGAGGGCGGGCCGCAGCAGGCCGACGACUUCUUCGACCAGAUGCUCUCCACGCUGCCCUCCGCGUGGGCCGACCUGGGCGCCGGCGGAAACAAGUCGCCCUGGGAGCUCGCCGCGGGCGCCGAGGACGCCGCCGUGCAGGCCGCCUUCGGCGACGAGUCGGCGCUGCUCGCGUCCCGCCUCCGGCAGCACCAGAUCGGCGGCGGGGACGUCAAGUCCUCCUCCUCCUCCCCGGUCAUGCUGCAGCUCAGCGACCUGCACCGCCAUGGCGGCGGCCUGGCGGGCGGCGGGGCCAAGGAGAGCGGCGGGUUCUCCCCGCUGCCGCUGUUCACGGACCGGUCGGCGCCGGCGCCGGAGGAGAUGGAGGGCGGCUUCAAGUCGCCUAACUCCGCCCAGGGAGGUGACCACUCGCUGUUCAACGGGUUCGGGAUGCACGGCGCGGCCUCCGUGCAGCCACAAUUUGGCCAGGGAGGAUCAAUGUCGCCCCAGAGCCUGGGAGGACCGGCGGCGAGCGGCGGCGCGACACCACCCGCUGGCGGCGCAGCUUCGUCGGCCGGCGGCGGUGCGGCACCGCCGCGGCAGGUGCGGCAGCGGGCGAGGCGAGGGCAGGCCACCGACCCCCACAGCAUAGCCGAACGUCUUCGGAGGGAGCGGAUCGCGGAGCGGAUGAAAUCGCUGCAGGAGCUGGUCCCGAACGCCAACAAGACGGACAAGGCGUCGAUGCUGGACGAGAUCAUCGACUACGUGAAGUUCCUGCAGCUCCAAGUCAAGGUUCUGAGCAUGAGCCGGCUGGGAGGCGCGGCCGGCAUGGCGCCCCUGGUUGCAAGCAUGUCCUCGGAGGGCAACAGCAACGGCGGCGGCGGUGCGAAAGGCAGCGCUGGCGCUGCCACCAAGGGCAAUGGCAAUGGCAGCGGCAGCGGCGAGAACGGUGGCGGCGGCGGUGGGCUGCGGGUGGCAGAGAAUCAGGUGGCGAAGAUGAUGGAGGAGGACAUGGGCACGGCCAUGCAGUACCUGCAGGGCAAGGGCCUGUGCCUGAUGCCCAUCUCCCUGGCGUCCGCCAUCUCCUCCGCCACCUCGUCCGCGUCGCUCCUCUCCCGCCCGCCGCCAGUGCUCCGCCACGCCGCCGCCAACAGCAACCCUGCUGCUCCUGGCGGCCAGCUGCACGACGUCAACAACGGCGCCGCCGCCGCAGCGACGUCGCCGGCGUCCGCUAGCAGCGCCGGAGGAGGCGACGACUCCCGGUCCGUCAAGGAACUGGGCGCCUCCGGCGGCGGUAAGCAGUGAUCAGUAGGAGGAGAGCCUUACCGAGCGACAGCUGUAUAAUGUAUCAAAGAAAGGGUGUAACUAGAAUCCUGUGACGUAGUAGCAUCCUGUCAUGACAUCGUACCUUCGUUUUUCUUCUCCAAUACAUCUUUCCUUUGCCAUUUCCUCCUCCAUUGCCGCCCUUGGACCCUUGGGAAAAUUGGUUCUAUAGUACUGAAAGAUGAUGAUUUCUAUAAAUUAUUACUGAAAGAACA